AUGGUUGGUGCCUCUGCAAUUAGUGGUGUAGUUAUUAUUGCUAAUGUUGUUGCUGCUAUCGCUGCUGCUGCUGGUGAUGGUGAUGGUGGUAUUGCUUCUACCACUGAUACUAUACUCACACUUGAUGGAAUUAAGAUCUUGAACAAUGCGUUGCUGCAAUGGAAAGACGACUGCAACCAAAGGGCUUUAGCAGAGGUAAUGCCUCAGUGUAUUCAUGGUGUGGAAAAUAUCACUCCUUCUCAGCAAAAACACACUGCUAUGGAAUUGUCAAUUUGUGAAUUUGAAAAUAAUGGUUUGGACUACCCAUUGGAAUGUCAUGCAAGUGUCCGCAAUUUGAAUACCAACACUUGUAUUCAAGCUUUGGAAAAGUCACCCCAGUACUGGACAACAUUUAGUGGCAACUAUAGAGCAGUUAAAGAUAUUUGCCACCAAAUAAGUCUACCAUAUGAAAAAGACCAAAUUAUUGAAGUUUACGAAAAUAUGACUUUGUUAUAUCGCUCGGUCAUGGAGGAUUUGAAGUCAUCUCAUCACAAGUACACUGUGGAGCUUGAAAUGAAAAUUCAAAACAAAUUUAACAAGCUUUUUAGUGUAGUGGAUGAUUUGAUGCGGUCUAGAGCAGAAGAGAAUAAUAAAGUUAAUCAAACUUUUAACAAGUUUUAUGAAAACUUUCAAGUCUCCAUCAGUAACGCACUUGUUGUUAUGCAAAAUUCUUAUGAUGGUGCCAACACAAACUUUGAACUCAUGCAGCGCCAUGUUAGUUACUUUGCCACUGAAUUGCAAAGAAUACUGUUGCUAGUGCAAGAACAAGGGGAAAAACUUCAAGUGCAACAAGAGCAGCUCGUAACUGGUAAUGUUAAACUUUCCAUUCAGCAAGAAAGACUAUUUGAUAAUAUGCAGCUUUUCGGAAAUGAAUUGGACAAACUACAUAAUGCUGAAGUAUCACGUGUAAGCUCGGUAAACAAACAAUUAAAGCUAACGGAAUUUUCUAUUCGACAUGCCAAUUCCAUCUUGAGAGAAAAUACUGAUGAAUUACACUUGCAACGAAUGCUAAUUGCUGAAUAUACACCAAUUAUUCUCGGUAACAUUACGACUCUAUUAAUGCAUUUCUUGAAUCAAUCGGCCUCAGAGAUUGUUGAAAACUUUGAGCAUUCGUUAAACUUGUCAUUGGAGAAAUUGAGUUUAAAAAUUGAUGAGACGGCAAAUUCUUUAGCUGUCGUCAAUGCAACUAUCGCUCGGUGCUCAAUUUUUGCAUCAAGCGUAGUGGAAACGUUGGAUAGCUUGAAAAACAGUACGAUAAGGAUGAUGAUGUUGUUCAUGUCAAUGAUAACUCCCAGUGUUACUUUUGAUGGUUUGAUUAGCGGAGCCAAAGCUAUCAUCGCCUUCUUUACACUGGUCACUAGACUUGCUGCAGUUAUUGCGAUUUGCUUACUUAUUAUCCUAAUCUGGCCAAUCGUGAAAUCACUUUUCUUUCAACCACUUUGUUACUUAAUGAGGAGGUGCUCCUACAUUGUAGUAUCCAUUUUGGUUGGUGUAGCUGCUGCCAACUUUAGUGUUUGGCUUUUACAAAAGUAG